AUGUGAGUUUCCGGUUUAGCCGGUCCGACAGAGAAAUUCCUCCGCAGCCAAAUGGAAGUGUAGGAGAAGGAAUGGCAGCAACAAUGAUUGAGGAAAACGGUCCGUCGUCGCAUGAACAGCCUGAACUGUCGUCAUCGUCCCAAGCCAGGCAGAAGCUGGAGGGGCUGCUGAACAAGAACAUGAGGAUCCGGAUGACGGACGGGCGGACGCUGGUGGGACUCUUCCUCUGCACGGACCGAGACUGCAACGUCAUCCUGGGCUCAGCUCAGGAGUUCCUCAAAUCCACAGACAUGUUCUCCCAAGGGGAACCCAGAGUGCUGGGCCUGGCCAUGAUCCCCGGUCACCACGUGGUGUCCAUCGAGGUCGAGGCAGACAGUCUGGAUGACACACAGGGCUUCGGAGCGAGCCACUGACAUCGCCCGCCCCGCCUGGAGGAUUACCUCGCAGCGUGACUUGACUACCGCAAGGCUGGUUCAAAGGCUGCGGCCGAGCCCGAGGCAGAACGGACAUCUUGAACGGCGGGGAUUUAGUCAGUCACCCAGCGUCCGAAGAUGAAGAGCUCCUGCGCCGGUGCUCUGGGUGCAGCAAUCUUUUACGCUUGAAGACGUGAUCAUUUGCAGUGAUGACUGGACAAUGCAGCAUGUGUGUUAAUGUCUGUGUGUGUGUCUCGGUGUGUUGAAAUGUGUGUAACAGAGGCGUACUGUAGUUUGCGUGGCAAUUGUGUUUCAGUGCUAAGUGUCUGUUUCAUAAGGUUUUGAAAUAAAUCACUGUAUUUGAAGCUUUG